CAGUAAGUCUUCAUUAUUUUAUUUAAUUCUAUAAAUUCGUCAUUUUGUGCCUCGAUUGCGUUCGUUCCAACCGAACCAAUCUCAUCUCCAGAACUUCAUAUCUUCUUCACUCAUCAUGCAGCGCGACGAGGAGCCAUGCGCGCCAUCGCAAAGAUUCUGGGAUUUAUACACUCCUAAACCACCGGCAGUCGUUUCCCAGCCAGUCAAAGUGCCCAAAACAUCGAUUUCGCGAUUAGAACUGAGUUCCGCGCCUCUGCUUCCACCGACUUCAGCGAGUCAGGAAGAACCAGGGACCGUUCUCUAUCUAGCUUAUGGCUCCAACCUAUCUGCUGAGACGUUCAAGGGAAAACGCGGCAUCAAACCUCUAAGCGCAGUCAACGUCCAUGUUCCCGCAAUCGAUCUCACAUUCGAUCUAUGCGGGAUACCUUACGCGGAACCUUGCUUCGCAAACUGCCAAUACAGAAAAAACCAGUCAGGUUCUCCUCGAUCAAAAGACUAUCACAAGACAAGAUGGCAUAAGGGGUUAGUGGGUGUAGUCUACGAAGUGACUCUCGAUGACUAUAGAACCAUUAUUGCUACGGAAGGAGGCGGCACUUCAUAUAAGGAUGAACUCGUUCAAUGUUACGUUCUUCCGGAUGGUAGCAAGACUGUGGACCCAGAUCCCAGUGGCACACCGUUCCAAGCACAUACUCUACUCUGUCCGUUCGACAGCAAAGAUCCAAAUCGCAUUUGGCGACAAGAUCCCAAUUAUGCACAACCAUCCGCGCGGUAUCUGAAGUUAAUAACAGAUGGAGCAGAGGAGCAUGGUUUGCCGGAGGAGUAUAUUAAUUAUUUGCAUGGUAUAAGAGCAUAUACAGCCACAACUUUAAGACAAAAGAUGGCGCAACUAUUGAUUGUGUCCUCUUUACUACCUUUUCUUCUGAUGGUGAUGGGACUGUCAAAGGUUGUCGCAGAUGAAAAUGGGAAGAUCCCGGCUUGGCUAGCUAAUAUAAUGGCUGCCAUUUUCAGAUACGUUUGGAUUGCAUAUGAUAGAGUUUUGAGGAAUAUUUUUGGCGACGGAGAGAGGACAAUAGGAGGGAAAGCUUUGACUGAUAUUGAAGAAAUAGAUUUAGAAAAGAGGUGGGAUGAGAAGAAAAUGGCUGGCUCCGGUGAGAUAAAAGAGAGUAUGUAAUCAUCAAUUUCGGGCAUUGUAUAUUUAGUAGAGGGUUGGGAUAUAUUAGGUACUAUAUCCGUAACUAGUAAUAUUAUAGAUAUAGAGAAAAUCGCAGGUGUAUCGGGUAGUUUUCGUCAAAGUAU